CAUGUUUGGGAUUUUGCAGUGGAAUCAUGGAGCAUUAAUUCUUCAUUGAGUAUCUGUGCACUACCACUCUGGUACUAAACAUCUCAGUUUUUACUGAAAAAGUAACCCUCAUUGAAAACAAUAGAAUUUUAUUUUCUGAAAAUUUACAUAAAUUUGGGGCUUACAUAAAGAGAUAUUCUUCUUUAUCAUAAGCGGAAUUUAUGAGUUAAAUGGUGAAACAGAUGUGAAGAGUAUAUGUAGAAAAAAAUAUAAUGAAAUUGCAAUAUACAGGCAAAAUGUUCUCUGUCUACUGAAUACAGUUGAGAAUGAUUGCUGUUUUCUAAACCUACUUCACACAGGAAUUCCGUAUUGCAGUGCCUUGCAAAACUUGGAAUUGAAAUUGGUUUAAUUGACAUAUCUUGAUGCAUACAAGAUACCCAACACUGUGAAAGUGCAAAGUAUUUUUAUUGUGGCAAAAAAGUUCAGUGAACAAGAACAAAGUGGCACUUUUGAGUUGCCUGUGUUCAGCCUCUGCUCCCCAGUCAAUCCUUGGUAAAAUAAUCUCUGGCAGCAGUUACAGCUGCAAGUCUUAUAGAGUAAGCCUCUAUCAGUAUCUUUCAGUAUUUCCCCAUUCUUCAUGACAAGGCUGCUCAACUCUUGUCAGGUUGGACAGGACCGUUGCUGAACAGCAGCUUUCAGGUCUUGCCACAAAUUCUCAGAUUGAGGUCAGCUUUCACUGGGCCAAGCUUUCAUGUUCUUGUUCUUAAGCCACUCCAGUGUUACUGUGGCCGAGCGUUUAGAGUUAUUGUCCUGCUGGAAGGUCAGCCUGCACCCAAGUCUCAGGUCCGCUGCAGACGGAAAGGGGUUUUAUUUAUUUAUUUAAAGUUUUAUAUGCCGUCCCAGUACUAAAAGUCUCUGGACGGGUUUCCUCUAAAAUUGUCCUGUAUUUGACUCCAUCCAUUUUACCCUAUUUCUUGACGAGUUUGACAGUACUUACUGAGGAAAAUCAGCUGCUCAUGAAUCUGCCGUCACCAUGCAGCAUGGCUUUGUAUAACACAUAGCAUUUUGCAUCACAGCCGAAAAGUUUAGUAUUAGUUUUACUGGACCAGAGAACCUUUUCCCACAUGUUUGCUGUGCCUCCUACAUGCUCCAGGUGGGCUUUGGUAUGAGUUUGAAUCAGUCAUGACUUUCUUCUCACCAUUCUUCCAUAAAGCCCAACUUUAUGGAGCAUGCAGGUGAUAAUUAUCUCAUGGUUAGUUUUUGUGACACUCUUUAAUUCUCUCAGAAGUUACCAUUGAGGUCUAGAUUGCUUCUCUAACUUAUGCCCUUGUUACCCAGUCACUGACUUGUGGUGCAUAGCCUUCUAUGGGCAAAGUUGUGGUUGAGCGUAUUCUUUCCAUUUUGCAAUAAUGGAUUUAAUAGUACUCUGAGGGAUUUUCAUAGCAUUUUUUAUUUUGCUUUUCAUAACCCAAUAUAGAUGGAUACUUCUGGACAACUUGUUUCUGGCACUGUUUUGAUAGCUUCUUGGACUUCAUGAUGCUGUUUAUUUGGAUAUUCUCUGCACGAAUCUUUAAAGUCUUCCUGAAACAGGUGAAGCGACUUCCAGUCAUUUGGAAAGGAUGGGAUGAAAAGGAACCUUGGUGAUAAUUUUGAUGUCUGCAAGAUUUAGUACCAGUGUAAUGGGAUUAUCGCUAACACCUUCACUGCAGAAAAAGCCACCUGGCGCUAUAACUGGCAGCAACUGUGAACUAAUCCUUUCCCAUCUCUUGGAUGUCAUUCAUGAAGCUCACAGCUAUUUCUACCCUGCUAGCUGUGAUUAAUUUUAUAAACAAGGAGGGGGAAAUCAGUCAGGACCGGCUGUGGAACUGUGACUGCUAUGUUGAAAGUUGCCAUUGGAAAGACUUUUCGACUUCUUGGAUAUACCAUUCAAUAUGGGUGCAUAGCUCAUUGUGCCUUUGAAUAUUUUGGUGGAAUUGUUGUGUGUUCAGGACCUUCAAUGGAGCCUACAAUACACAAUUCUGACAUUGUCUUUUCAGAGAAUCUUAGCUGCCAUUUUUACAGCAUUCAGAAAGGUGAUAUUGUCAUUGCAAAAAACCCAAAUGACCCCAAAUCAAAUAUAUGCAAAAGAGUAAUGGGCUUGGAAGGAGAUAAAGUCUGUACAAGCAGUCCUUCAGAUUUUCUUAAGAUCCACAGCUAUGUACCUAAAGGACAUGUUUGGUUAGAAGGUGAUAAUCUCAGGAAUUCUACAGAUUCCAGGUGUUACGGCCCUGUUCCAUAUGGAUUGAUAAAAGGACGCAUUUGCUUUAAGCUAUGGCCUCUGACUGAUUUUGGAUUUCUACGUGCAAGCCCCAACAGUCACAGGAUUUGUAAUGAUUAAAUAAAUUAUGCUCAGUCAUCUA